CCUGGACGAGCUGGCUUUCCGGGAGACAAAGGAUCAAUGGGUAUUCCUGGAAGAAUGGGCUUAAAGGGAAACUCGGGGGAGAAGGGAACACCAGGGGAGCCAGGUCUAUCUAUCAUUGGCCCACGAGGACCUCCUGGGCAGCCCGGUACUAGAGGAUUUCCAGGCUUUCCGGGUCCAAUUGGCUUGGACGGGAAACCCGGACAGAACGGUCCAAAAGGUGAUAUGGGUCCUCGUGGUCUAAAAGGAAUUCCAGGUGAACCUGGUCCUAAAGGGGAGAAGGGUGUAUGUGGUGACUACACUCACAGGAUGUUGCCCAUCACCGUUCGCAACAUGCCCUCAAUAAGCCCUCUAAUCCUAAAGCGCCUCAAGCAGGGUGAGCCUGGAGCACAGGGACCACCGGGGCCUCCUGGCCCCCCAGGGCCUGCAGGGAUUACUGGCUUAACUGGUGCUAGUGGGCCCCCGGGUAAACCCGGAGAACCUGGUAAACCUGGUAAAGACCCAAGGAUGCUACCAGGGCUGAAGGGUGAACCUGGUGUUCCUGGACAAAAGGGUGACCAUGGUGAGACAGGCCCAAGUGGACCUGAAGGCCCUCAGGGAAUUAAAGGAGAUCAAGGGCUGAAGGGUGAGCCUGGUUUUCCAGGUGCCCCUGGACGAAAGGGUCAGGCAGGUGUUUCUGGUAUCCAUGGAAAGCGGGGCUACAAGGGAGAGAAAGGUGAUCCCAGUGCUGCGGGAAAUGGCAUUAAAGGUGAACCAGGUGCCACAGGACUUCCAGGAACAGCUGGACCCAAGGGUGAGAAAGGUGAUCAAGGCAUAAAGGGUGCACCUGGUCAGGACGGCCCAUCUGGACCAAAGGGUCCACCAGGUCCAACAGGGGAGCCAGGAAAAACUUUAAUCAACAACAAUGAGAAUGAUAUUCGCAAUGUGCAUUCAAUGGGCCCUCCUGGUCUGCCUGGACCUCCUGGGCCUCCAGGCUUGAAGGGUGAUGUUGGACUUCCAGGUCCCCCUGGUAUUGAUGGGGAAAAGGGUCCAAGAGGAAAGCCAGGUGAGCAGGGACCCACCGGCCCUUCUGGACCUGAGGGACCACGAGGAGAGGGAGGAGUCAUGGGCUUUCCAGGGCCAAAAGGAGACAAGGGAGAUAUGGGCCCCUCUGGAUCACCUGGUUUAGAUGGCCCUACUGGAGAAAAUGGGGUUUCAGGGCCAGCUGGCCCCAUUGGAUUGCCAGGCCCGAUGGGUCAAAAAGGUGAAGCUGGGGAGAAAGGAGACAAAGCAGAGCUGGCCUACGGGCCUGCUGGACCUCCAGGGCCUGCAGGGCCUGUUGGGCCAUUGGGACCUCCAGGUUUGUCAGGACCAAAGGGUGAGCCAGGUGUAGGUCUGAGAGGAGAAAAGGGAUCACCUGGACAUAAGGGAGACAAAGGAGACAGAGGCCAUCUUGGACUCCCUGGGGCUCAUGGUUUAGACGGCAGGCCUGGUCCAGUGGGUCUAAUUGGACCAGCUGGAGUUUCUGGGCGGGCAGGACCAAAAGGAGAAAGGGGGGAAAAAGGAGAUAUGGGAGUAGCAGGACCAAUUGGGCCUCAAGGCAUCCCUGGUUUAGUAGGACCAGCAGGAUUAAAAGGAAACCGGGGGGAGAGGGGAAAGAAAGGCAACAGGGGGGCCAAAGGGGAUAAGGGAGACCAAGGAGCCCCAGGAUUAGAUGCCCCGUGUCCGUUGGGCGAUGAUGGUCUGCCAGUACCAGGGUGUUGGAAUAAAUGAUGUUAAUUCCAGAAUGCCAUGUGUGAUUGUAAAUAGAAUAUUUAUUUUUGUACUAUUUUUGUUGAUUUUUUGUUUUUUUGUCAUUGAUCCGUUAUAUUGAUGGAAAAGAAAAUACAGUAAACCAUAGCAAAAUCCUGAUAGGACUUUUGUACAGAUUGUUUAUUUUAUUACUGGUAAUGUUGUUUAUGUAAUGGACUUUAUACUGUAACUAUGCAUUAUGUCAAAAUGUUUUGAUCAAGAAAUAUGCUGUGGCAGCAUAUGCAUGAUAUUUGUGCAUUAUGUUAACUGAUAAGUGCCUAUUAACUUAUUGUAUCAUGGUGUUUUAAUGUGUUGUUUAAAGACUAUGCUGCACUGAUUAGUGGAGCAGGAUUUGAAAUUGGCCUUGUGUGUUAAGAGGAAACCCUUUUGCUCUGAGAUUAACAUGGACAUUGUUGAAAAUCACACCACACCUAAUGAUCUUACACUGUAACUGCAUAUGUUUACUAAUAAUUCAAAUGACUUAUUUCAAGGUCCAUACUAUAGACGCAGUAUAAAUUAUCCAGACAUUUGAUGUAAAUGCUUUUCAGUGCAUACAUUAUAAGCAUUGGCAUGGCAUUACUCAUUUAGUGAGCAUUUCAAUCUGUUUUCUGUCUAUAUUUGCCUUUCGUUUUUCCAAAAGAAAAGAAAUUUCUGAAGAAACAAUCAGUCUAUCAGAAUUCCACAUGCAGUGCUUUUCUUUUAUGGGCUUUGUGUAAAUAUGUCAUAUAGACAAAAUAUUGCCAUUUGAGCAGCUAUUUUCUAUGUGUAUUCAUAUCUCUUACUUUUUAAUAGUAGAGAUCAUUUCAUUUGCAUUCUUGGGCAAUGAUUUUUAUUCUUGUAAUUUAUCUCAUACUAUAUUGCUGCUCACUAUCAAGCAAAUCUUUGUGUUUGUUAAAAAGCAUCUAUGCCCAAUUUUACCUCAGCUAUUAAGUACAUAUGAAGAAUGAAGCCAAUGAAGUUAGUAUUAUAAACACAACAUUUUUCAUUAUUGUAUGUCUAAUUCCCAGGAAAUAUCAGGGUUAUAGAAGAAGGCCCUUAGUUAUGGUUUUGUUUUUUUUGUGUUCAUUCUGUGUUGAAGUCAUUAAAGUAAAGGAUUGUUUAGGAUUGCUGCUGCUUACCACAAAAAGCUAUGUUUGGGUUCUGUUUUGCUAGUUAAUAUUAAGCUAAGCAUGGUUUGUAAUCACCGGUCUCUAUAAACUCUUUAUCUGUCUUUAAUACCUCAUACUAACAUGUGCCUUAAUGCUUUUACUCUUGCCAAAAUAGAUCUGACACAUAUCAACAAUAAUGUCAAUGAAGCUAUGCUGUCUACAUGAGGAUUAUAAGAAAAUAAAUGGCUGUGAAUAUUGUUUUCAGCCAAACUGUU